UCUCACCUCUCUCCUCCUCGCCCCCUUUCCCACCGAUUACUGUGGUCGAUCUUCUCCCCGGCGGACAAGACCCUCCCACACCCUCCUCUUUUCCACGCACCCCCCCCUCCCUCACCUCCCAGCCAUGUUUAAGGCUGCCUCUCGUUUGGCUUCCUCCGGCGGGCUGGCCGCUGCCCAGCUUGGCCGAUCGGCGGCCUUCCGGCCGGCCCUGUCCGCGACGCGUGCAUUCUCCGAGACCGCGGCCAAGAUGGCCGCCGUCAUGGCCGAGCCUGCGAUCGCCGUCGACCAGCCCGAGCCCGUGGAGCGUGUGGCCACCCUGACUCCCGGGGCCCACCUGCUGAAUGGGGCCUUCCGCGUGGAGGGGGCAGUCCGUCUGCCGGCUUUCGACGCCGCGGCCGUCCACUUGCGUCAUGUUGCCACCGGUGCCGAGCAUGUUCACAUCGCGCGUGACGACCCGAACAACAGCUUCUCUGUUGCCUUCAAGACACCGCCCUAUGACAGCUCCGGCACGCCGCACAUCCUGGAGCACGUCACCCUCUGCGGCUCGGCCAAGUACCCCGUUCGCGAUCCGUUCAUGAAGAUGCUCACCCGCUCGGUGGCCAACUUCAUCAACGCCAUGACCGACAACGACCUCACGAUGUACCCCUUCUCCACGCACAACCCCCAGGAUUAUCGGAACCUGAUGUCGGUUUACCUGGACUCGACCUUCUUCCCUCGCCUGGCGCUGGAUGACUUCCGUCAGGAAGGCUGGCGUCUGGAGCACGCCACCGUCGAGGACGAGAAGUCACCCAUCGUCUUCAAGGGUGUCGUUUUCAACGAGAUGAAGGGUGUCAUGUCCGACGUGUCGACUCUCUUCCAACAGCACCUGUCCAGCCAGCUGUUCCUCGGCACCCCGUACGAGUUCAACUCCGGUGGUGAGCCGGCCGUCAUUCCGGAGCUGACGCACGAGCAGCUGGUCGACUUCCACAAGAAGUGCUACCAGCCUUCGAACGCCCGCUUCUACACCUAUGGCGCCCUGCCGCUCGAGGGUAUCCUCCAGCAGAUCCAGACCGAGGUGUUUGACCGGGUCCCUGCGGAUUAUGUCCCCUCGACGGCAAACCCAGCCACUCGCAAUGAGUUUGUCGACCCGGCCACCGCGUCCCCCCGCACGGUUGAGGUCGGCUACCCCUCCGACAGCGACUCCUCUGGCCACUACGUCAGUGUGGCCUUUGUCACCAACCCGAUCGAGGAUUGCUAUGCUUCCUUCGAGAUGCGUGUUCUUUCGGACCUCCUUACCUCGGGCCCGACUUCCCCCAUGUACAAGGCUCUCAUCGAGUCGGACAUCGGAUCGGACUUCGCUCCUGGUGUCGGGGUCUCCUCUCAGCAGCGCGAGACUGCCAUUGCGAUUGGUGUGCGUGGGGUGGAGACUCGUGCCGAAUGUGACAAGGUGGAGGGCAUCAUCUUCGAUACCCUGCGCGACGUUUGCAAGACCGGCUUCCCGGCCGAGCGCAUCGAGGCUGUCAUGCACCAGAUGGAGCUCAGUCUCAAGCAUCAAUCGACCGAGUUUGGCCUGAACCUUGGCCUUGGCCUGAACAACCCCUGGAUCCAUGGUGCUUCGCCGCUGACGGUCCUUCAGUUUGAGAACUAUGGCGACCGCCCGCGUGCCGCUCUCCAGGAGGACCCAGACCACCUGCUGAAGCUCCUGCGCAAGCAGCUUCUGGAGAACAACCGCCGCGUGACGCUGGUCAUGUCGCCGGAUGUGGGCAUGAAGCAGCGUCAAGCCGAGGCCGAGAUGGAGCUCCUGCAAGGGCGCCUGCUCCAAUUGUCGGCCUCGGACAAGGGUCGUAUCUUUGAGGAGGGCCUGAAGCUGAAGAAGCUCCAGGAGUCCGAGCAGGAUAUUUCGAUCCUUCCGAACAUUCAGCUGGAGGAUAUGCCAUCUCGGAACACCUUCUACGGCUUUGAUGGCCCGGCUGAUACCCAGGCCCGGGUGCCGGUUUUCACCACCCACCAGCCAACCAAUGGCGUGGUCUAUCUGAACACCAUCCAAACCCUCUCGUCGGAGACCUUCCUUAAGUCCAAGCCGGCCGCCUCGUCCCGAGCCCUGCUGGCUCCCUUCAAGAAGGCUGACCCGGCGACGGAGCUGCACAAGUCCCUCGACCGGACCGGUUUGGUCCCCUACCUGCCGAUUUAUGCGCAGGCACUCACCUUUAUGAGCACCGAGAAGCGUAGCUACGGCCAGGUGUCCGACGAUAUCGACCUUUACACGGGCGGCCUGUCCUUCAAUCCGUUCCUGCGGAACCACCCCGCAAAGCGGAAUGUCUUCGAAUUUGGUCUCGCCUCAAGCACCUUCGCCCUCAGCCGGAAUGUGCCCCAGAUGAUGGACCUCAAGGUGGACACCGGCCUGCAGACGGACUUCUCCGAUCGCCAGCGCUUGCGCCACCUGGUGGAGCAGCUGGCCUCGGAUACCGAUGAGCAGCUGUCGCGUUCUGGGCACUCGAUCGCCGCCAAUGCCGCGGCCUCCCUGCUGGAUGAUGUUUCCUUCGGCAUGUAUGCGGCCAUGGGCGGUUGCGAUCAAUUGGCCCUGCUUGAUGUUUUGUCCCAGCCAUCGGCCGAUAUGGAUCGCCUGGCUGAGACCCUUCUGCAGAUUGACCGUCUGGUCAAGGCUGACGCCGGGGUGACUGCUGAUGGCAGCAACACCCCCCUCGGGGCGAAGUCCAUGCGUGCUCUGCUGACUGCCUCGCCCGAGACCAUGCCCGCGGCGCUGGAUGCCGUGGCUCCGGCUCUCGGACGGUUUGCAACCACCACCACCGGGGUCUUCCGCAAUGUGGUGGCUCCAAGCGGCGCGGCUACCCUGCCUCCGGCGCUGACCCGGGCAGAGACCGAUCAUUACCUCAAGACCGCGGCCGGUCAGCCCGGCCGGCGGAAUGUCUUCCUCGCGCACCCACUCCCGAUCAACCACUGUGCUCGGGUGUUCCAGACCCGGCAGUUCCUGGCUCCGGCCAGCGCCGCCGAUGUCGCGGCCCUGGAGCAGCUGGAUCCACACACUUCCGGCCCGCUGCCGGUGGACCUCUUCGGUGGGGCACACCUGCCGGUCCGCCAGUCGGUGGCUCUGUCACUGGCAUGCCAGAUGCUCUCGCGGCAGUUCCUCCACCGUGAGAUCCGGGAGAAGGGCGGUGCCUAUGGGUCUGGCGCCUACUUUGACUCCUCGCGUGGGCUCCUGGUCAUGACUUCCUACUUCGAUCCCCAUGUGGUGGAGACUCUGAAUGUGUUUGAUCAGGCGCAUGAUUGGCUCCUGAACACCGGCCCCGAUGCCGGCUGGGAUGAGAGUGACCUGCGUGCGGCCAAGCUGGCGCUGCUUGGGUCGCUGGACAGCCCGCAAAGCCCGUCGGCCCGGGCGGUGGAUCUCUUCCGCGGGGCUGGCCUCGUGUCUGAGGCCAUCCAGCAGGAGAUGCGCCAGGCCAUCUUCGACUUGUCGGCUGAGGAGUUGCGCGACGUCUACCGCCAGUAUGUGGCAAAUGCCGGGGCCGACUCGGUGGCCACCGCUGUCCUGGGCGACCGCCAGAAUGCUCAGCAUCUGGCCGCCGGGACUCCCGGUGCCCAGCGCCAUGGUACUUUCGACGUGCGCCAGGUUCUCCCCUCGCGUGCCUAAGUGUUCCUUCGGCCCCGGGCAUUUUAAGAUGCAUUCCCUCUGUCUUUGCCUCCUUCUCUCUCUCUCUCUC